AUGGGAACAAGGUCGCUAACGCACACUCCGGAGGAAGUCGGCAAGACUUACGAUAUCGACGAGUGGCAGAACUCUCAAUUAGAUUCUGACCACAUAAACCUCCCUAUAACGGCAGAUCUCUAUGUAAUAACCACGCAGUUAUACCAGGCAGUAUUAGAAAGAAUUUCACGGAAGAGUGAAGACAUUAUUCAUUUACAGCUUAAAAAACCUUUUCAAGCCUUACUAUUAUGGGCACAACAACACGACAUAACUUCCGAGAAGCUCGACGAUACUUUGUAUCAUUCCCACCAGUUGCAAAAAUCAACAUUGAAAGCUCUCCUCUAUAUCGGGUGCAUUAUAAUGGACAGGGUGGUACCUAGAGCUGACGUACCGACGGAGGAGCUGGAGAAUUUGUGCGUGCAACUGCAAACUUCGAAGGAUCAAAUUAACUUCAUUUUAAAAAAAGAUCCCGACGUUGAAGUUGGCGAUGGUGAUAGCUUUGAUGAAGCUACAAGUGAAACCUCAACUCUUUUCGAAUUCGACUCUUUCUCGGAGAUUGCAAAUGACUUGGACGCAAAAACGAGCAACUUGAUGGAUAUGACCCCCCUCUAUGAGUCAGCAACGGAAUGUCUUCUGUCGUAUGAAAAUGAAGCUGUUGCCAAGUUCCCGCAUGUAAAUGAUAAGCUGGCAACUCAUCUCGAAGAAGUCAACUUUCGAAGAUUUUUGAACAUUGUUGAUAGCCGGCUGGAGAAUGAUACGUUAGUCCGCGAAAAUAAAAACCACGAGGGGUUCAAAUCAAUGGCAUUAGGAAAAAGUAACACUGAUAUCUCGAGGACCCGUCUUGUUUCCCCACCAGGAAAAGGUCUUUUGAAGGCGUCAAUGUCCUCUGACCAGGGCGAUGAGAAAAUAAGAAGGGUUCCACCAAUUCCAGCAGAUGGAGUAUGUACUGCAUGCGCAGAGGAUGUUACAUUUCUGGAUGAAAUUGAUUGGAAGCGACAUUUGUUCUAUGAUCUCCAGCCUUACUAUUGCCUCGAACUAUCAUGCCUUUCUCUAGUACCUUUCUCCAGUAGGGGAGACUGGGUCCUCCAUUUAGCUUCUAAUCACGGAAAUGAAGAAAAAAAAUGGCCAAGCUUUCAAUGCAAUUUGUGCUUCAAGGAGACGGGUACCGGUAAAGCAACAGUGACAUAUCAUCUUGAAAAACAUCUUCAGGACAUCGCCCUUAUGGUCAUCCCAACCGAGAUAGGCGACAGUUAUGAUUUAAAGACGAACAUCCCGAUCCCGGAGACGCAUGAUACUUAUACUCGGGAUUCGGACUCGGGCAUAUCAGAGAGUGUAUCGAACCCGAGGGUAGGCAUGAUCCAGCCGAGAACCAGUCCCCAUUACAGACUAAGCCGUCGGGAUCCCCUCUCAUGCAACCAGUGCAGAGAGUCAUUCCCAACCCGUUGGGAACUAAACUGGCAUGGGAUAGAGAAAGAUCAUUUAGCCUACGCUUGUAUCUGUGGUACUGCGUUCACACACCUAGAUGCACUCGAGCGCCAUAUACCAACAACGGAUACGACCGAGGAAGGCCCCGCCCCGAGCGAGGCUGGGACGAAUCUUCAAAUUACGAAAAGUCCCCGGGUUGAGAAAGCCCAUUUUAAUACUGGCGAACAACCUCUCGAUCGUCUGCGUUUGCGCUCUACAUCUACGAUUUCAAAAGUGACGGCGGAUUUUGCUGGAGACCAUCCCUUGCUGGGAGACAGCCCUUCCAAGUUACCGGCGAAGAGUGAAUUGAAAGGUCAAAACAUUCGACCUAAGGAGGUAAAAGGCUCAGGAAAGCCUCAAGCGUCAGACGCGGUUGUUGGAAUCAAUUAA